UUCCCGCCCAGCUGCACGUGUAAAUUUUUGAGCAGCCAACGCGUAAAUCAUCGUAAAUAAACGAAUUUUGGGGCAUUCCCGGCGAUUACCAUGAGUGCAGACGAGUCCAGCGAUGGAUUGGAGGAUCUCAAGGACCUGAUGGCCCUGUAUGGCAAGCAGGAGCAGGAGAAACCCAGGGAGGAGGAAAGGAAACGCUUCAUUCCAAAGGCCUCGAAGGCCAAGGAACUCAACUAUGUGGAGGUUCCCAUGGAAAAGGUGAUCUUUGGGGACAGGCAGCGUUUCCUCGCCAAUCUGGCCAAGUCCGUGGGCCAAAAGUGGCAGCCAAGCGACGGCCAGGACGACGACGACGACAAGGAGCAGCAAUCCGGCCAGCAGAAGAAGGGGGAAAAGCGGAAGGCAGCCUGGUCGGAUUCCGACGACGAAGACCUCCAGGUGGGCGAUGUUAAGAAGCCCACCAAGCACACAGGUCCCCUGAAUCAUCUGCGCAAGGACAAGUCCUACAAGGAGUACCUCACGGCGCGAUUCCAUCGCACUCUCAACCAACCCAAGUGGGCAGAGAAGAAGAUAAAGGACGACGACGAUGAGGACCACUCCUCCGACGAAGAACUGCUCAAGACAGUGGGCUUUAUCGACCACAAGGCCCGUAGGAGCGCUUUGCCCCAGAAAACGCUGAACUUCAAGCGAGUUAAGGACGUGAACAGAUCUUCCAAAUCCGAUGCCGUGGUGUCCAGCAUUCAGUUCCAUCCCACCAGUACCGCAGCUCUGGUGGCUGGUGAAGAGGACUCCACAGCCACCAUCUACACGGUGGAUGGGCAGAAGAACGAGAAGCUGCACAGCAUGCGCUUCAAAAGAUUCCCGCUGCGCUGCACCAGGAUCGCUCCAUGCGGCACGAAGGCUUUCUUUGGUUCGUACAGGAGAUUCUACUACGCCUACGAUCUGCUCGAGGCCAAGGAAUCCAGGCUGGUGCUGCCGGGCGAUGUAAAAACCAUGCACAACUUCGAGGUCUCACCGUGUGGCAAAUUCAUCAUCACCGCUGGCAAGUUCGGAGCCAUGCAUCUGCUCACGGCCAAUACAAAUGAGCUGCUGCAUAGCUUCAAGCAGGAGGGCAAGGUUAAGGGAUUCGCUUGGACUGGGGACUCCCGAAGGAUCAUCGUCUGCGGGGGCACUUCCAAUGUUAUUGUUUUAAACCUCCGGCAGAACCUUAUAGAGCACGUCUUCUUAGACGACGGCUGCAUCAAUGGACAGUCCAUCCAACUGGCCCCCAAUCAACGCCUUCUGGCCACCGGCAGCCAAGAGGGCGUGGUCAACGUUUACGACUAUGAGAGCGUGUUGGCCUCCAAAGCCCCACAGCCCGAGAAGCGCUUCAUGAACCUGCGGACCUGCAUCACGGAUCUGCAGUUCAAUCACUCGUCUGAGUUGCUGGCCAUGAGCUCCACCGCGGCACCCAACGCUGUGAAGCUGGCCCAUUUCCCCAGUGCCACCGUGUUCUCCAACUUUCCGACACAGACCGAGAACGUGGGCAAGGUGUACACCAUGGCCUUCUCGCCGCAUAGCAGCUUCCUGGCCUUUGCCGCCGAGAAGGGCGUGCCACUCUAUAGGCUUAAGCACUUCAAGAAUUAUUAACUGAAGGCUAUAUGAUUUAAAUAAAAUAUUCUAUGUGAAA